GCAAUGAGAAAGACUGGGCCACACUUGACCCACACUAUUAUUGUCCACUCAACUUCCAUCUCCUCGCGCCGCCAUCUCACGCACCAUUCUUAUACUCCGGCGAAAUCAGUCUGCACAGCCAGACGUGUAAUGGCCUCCACCCACUAUAACCCACAGCUUGGUGCAACACUGAAAAAUGAACGAUACACACUGUUGAGGAAGUUGGGGGAGGGAAUCACGGCGGUCAGCUGGCUGGUGCGCGACUCCACAGCAACUGGGAGCACGAAGAAGUACUUUGCUGCCAAAAUUCUCAGCGCUGAAGCUACUGCUGAGCCCAACGGGCCAGCACGCGAACGCGAGUUCCUGCAAUCCAUAAACGACUAUGCUGACAAAGUGGACGAUGACGAGGGACUUGGCUAUCUACCUGCACUGUUCGACAGCUUCAACGAAGGACCCCACCUUUGCCUCAUUUUGUCACUAUACAGCACUUCUGUCUCUGCUUUGCGCCGUUCCGCCCCGACCAAAUGUCUUCCAGUCUAUAUGGUGCGCAGCAUCAUCUAUAUGACCCUUCAUGCCCUUGGUGUCUUGCACAACCUUGAAAUUGUCCACACCGACGUCAAGCUCGACAAUAUUCUUUUCAGCAAUGACCGCUUCUUCCUUGACGCCAACCUCGACAAGUAUCUCCAACAGUACCCUGUGCAACUGAGCAAUCCUGAGCCACAACCCAUUCCUCACAGCUGGACAUACGACACUUCUGCAUUCGAAGCUGAGAAAAUGACGGUCUCGCUCAUCGAUUACGGCCACGCGGAAUGGUCAGAAGGCACGCCGCUUGGCGAGAACUUCUGCCCUCUCUCUCUCCGCCCACCAGAAGUUCUGCUCUCGUCUGGGUUUGGAACGGCGAUUGAUAUAUGGUCCGUUGGAUGUCUGACAUUCGAGCUCCUUGUUGGACGAUGGCUCUUCCAUCCCGAAGAUGGCGGAGACGACUGGACAAUAGAGGAAGACCAUCUUGCUAAGAUGCAGGAGCUGACUGGCCAGCGCUUCUCCGCUGACGUCCUCGUGCGGGCCAAAAAAGGAGCAGAGUACUUCGAUUCGCAAGGCGCCCUCGUCCGUAUUCCGGAGCUGAUACCGGUGUCGAUUGAGCAGGCGAUGCAGAACUACAACAUUUCCGGUUUAGCAGAGGAGGAUAUCAAGGAGAGCGCGGACUUUAUCCGCGCGUGUUUGCAGUUGGACCAUACGAAGAGACCGACUGCGGGGGAACUUUUGAAGCAUAGUUUUGCUAUGAAGGCAUGGAAUAGUUGA